AUGACGAUCCUCCUCCACGAUGUUCAGUACUUACUGCAGAUUCCUGUUGAGGGACGACUGAUGAGUAGGACUUCUGAGCAGCUUGACCAUCCGGAGGUGGGUUUGUGUGCGCUUCUUGGGAUGAACUCGGAGCAGUUGAGUGGUCGUUCGGAGGUCCCUGGAUUUGGUAGUAAGGGUAAGUGGUACGACAAGGGUGGUUUUCUUGCGGACAUGGCGUCCAGGUACUUGCAGGUGAACGGGACACAUGUGACAGAGGCGCAGUCGUACUUGUUGUUGAUGUUGGGGUCCACUUUGUUUGUGGACAAGAGUAGAGACAGGGUUCGAGGACGUAUCCAUAUGAGACUACGGCCGACUAUCUUGACUGGUUCGUGGCACACUCUCAUUGUAGAGUCCUACGGGAUGAUGGAGAUGCAGAUCGACUAG